AUGGCCACAGCCACAGCCUCGGGCUCUCUUCGCUUCUACAAGGCCGAUGUCGUCUCGCGCAAGGUGGGCAGCGACGAUGAGCACAAGAUUGGCAUGGUAUCAAGAUGCUACCAUGACGAGCUCGACCAGGACCCCACCACUUUCAACCAGAUUGGCCUCGACCGUGCCCUCAAGGAGAACGAGUACGGCAUCCUCUGGAUGCCCUCCGGCCAUCGCGAGAUCGUGCUUGGCUCCACUCUCAAUCUCAUCGACCGCAUCUUUGCCGUAGGCUCCAAUUGCAAACGCUCCCUCGGCGAUGCCGCCGCCGGUGUGGUCACCUCCCUCUCCACCACGCUCAAACUGCAGCAUCUCUUCAGCCGCGAGGAGAUCGACCACAUGGUGCCCGCAGACGACGUGGUCAAGGGCAACCUCGUCAACCACGGCGACCACGUCAUCGCAGACGAUUGGAUCGGCGAGAUCGAUGGCAUGGUCGAAGAGGGGCUCGUCGCCAAUUCAGACAACGAUCGGCUCAUCCGCGUCUGCGAGCUCGGUGGCCGUCUGCUCCUCGGCAAGAUCCCCGAGGAGCUCAUGAAAUCCGAUCACCUCGGCAUCAACCUCGCCCGUCUCGGCCUCAAAUCCGCCUCUAUCGUCGACAUCAAGCAGACCGUCUUCUACGUCAACUGGCUCGCCCUCAACCAGAAGCUCACCCCGGACCAACAGGCAAAACGACCCAAGCCACCGGCGCUCUGCACAGAUUUCAGCAAGCUCACGCUCGUCAAGGCCUUCUCGCAGCGCAACCACGAGAUCGGCGAUCGCGUCGUCUUCCGCAACCAGCAGCUCAAGGAUCAGCACGGCGCAAAAUACACCCACCACGGCCGCGAGCGCCUCGCCAUCGACGCCAUGCUCGUCAUGGAGACAUGCACCGAGCUCGAAGUCAUGUGGCAAGACGGCUCGCGCACCAAGGAGAAGGCGGUCGACAUGGUCCCACACCUCAACCUCGACGAGCACGAGUCCUGGCCCGGCGACUGGGUCUACUGGAAGUCGGACGAACACGGCAGCGUACCCCGCGUGGUUCAAAAGAUGGACCCGCUCGAGCGCACCGCCGAGCUGCGAAAGCCCUUCUCCGAGCCCGCCGAAGUCGAGUUGGUGCCCUCGCUCGAAAUCGACGUCCAGGGUCCAGACCACAGCGUCUUCAGCCUCCACCGCGGCGACGCCGUCAUGAUCUCUGGCCGAUCCACAGGCUUCUCCGGACCCUUCCUUCCUACUGUCGGCGACCCGCGUCCCGACUACUCCGACAUGGACCUUCAGAACGACCUCAUGAACGCCGAGAUGAACAUCGUGCCUAACCAGGGCACGUCGGCCCAGGAAAUCCGCUAUGGCACAGAAGCCACCGAGAUCGACUGGUACGGUACCGUCGAGGAGCUCUUGCUCGACGGCUCCUGCCAGAUCCGACUGCCCUGCGGCAAGCAGGUGACCGAAAAGUUGGAGCGGCUUCAGAUCCUCUCCGACACCGGCUUUGGCAUGCACGAGCACGAGCACGAAGACGACGACGGAAUGAUCGAUGUUGUCGAUCCUUGGGACGGCAUGGAGGAAGAUGACGGCUACUACGACGACGACUACGAUUCGGCCGAGGAGGCCAUGUGGAUGGACCAGGACGGCGAGGUGGUCGCCAACACCGGCGACGACUGGGAGGACAUGGAUGACGGCUCCAACGGCGCGCUCGAAGUAGCCGAGAUCCACCUCGACGACGCUGAGGCUGACGAGGAUGCUGCCGAAGCGGCACACGUCGACGCAUCGUCCGAACUCCGAUCCGUUCCUGCCACAACAAAGACUCAGAAUGGCGAUGCUGGCACGUCAAAGGCCACCUCCUCCGCUCUGGAAGCCAUCGCGUCCACCGAGGCUUCGUCGGGCGAGCCUUCGGCGCCAUCCGAAUUGGCGGCUGCCAGCAGCGAUCGAGAGUGGAGCCAGUUCAGCGUGCUCGAGAGUGCACCCACCUCGCACGCCUUCUACUCGAAGCCGCCGGCGUCGGCGCCGGGCGCGACCUUCUUCAAGCGGCUGCAGAAGGAGAUGAAGGUGCUCCAGACGUCGCUGCCCGAGACGAUCCUCGUGCGCGCCUACGAGGACCGCAGCGACCUCUUACGCGUCCUCAUCAUCGGGUCCGAGGGCACGCCGUACGAAAACGCACCGUUCCUGCUGGAUUUCCAGCUCACCGAGGAGUUCCCCACCAAGCCGCCCGUUGCCCACUUCCAUUCGUGGACCAACGGCCACGGCCGCGUGUCGCCGAAUCUGUACGAGGAUGGCAAGGUGUGCCUGUCCGUGCUCGGCACGUGGUCGGGCGUGGCCGAGGAGAACUGGACGCCUAGCAAGAGUUCGCUGCUCCAGGUGUUUGUCAGCAUUCAGGCGUUGGUGCUGGUGAGGGAGCCGUAUUUCACCGAGCCGGCGUACGAAAAGCUUAAGGGCAAGGACGAGAGCAAGGUCAACAGCAGGUUGUACAACGAAAAGGCCUACAUCCUGUCGCGCGGCUUUGUGAGGAAGGCGCUGGAACAGCCUCCGGAGGGAUUCGCGACCGAGCUGGAGCUCUUCUACCACAAGGCGGCGAACCUGCGCAAGAUCGUUGAGCGCGCCGAGGCGCUCAUGAACGCCACGCCGGGCGCAGACUCUGCGCCGUCCGAAGACGAGGCGGUGCACGGCCUCACCAAGGGCGGAGGCAUCAUGCUCGGUCGCACCAUCACCGCGCUCAAAACCCUUCUGAAGCCAUCUGCAUGA